AAAAAAUAUUUUUAGAUUCGCUGGUCUUCAUCCUACAACUAUGAUCAAACACAAUACGUUUGAUGUAUUUGCAAGCGAUGGUGGUAGAUAAUUUGGUAAAAUUCGCCAUUUCAGUAAACUCACAGCUUUUCCCUCCUAAAAAUCACAACUGCUAAAUCCCCCACUUAUGGCGAGGACGAGGACCGGCUGUGCAUCCCAUAAUUCCCUAAAAACCCUCACAAAGCUGUUAUUUUAUCCAUCCAUCCAUUCAUGAUUCAUCGUAAUACCGAUAUUUUCGAUUCUUCUCUUCUCCUUAUGUGGCCAUGACUUCACUACUAUGACACACAAACCCUUUAAUCCCGGACUCGGAGCCCCGAAACCCAGAAGGAAACAGCCAUGAGAGUGAUAGUUCCUCUGCAAGGUGUUGUUCAAGGACGAGGAGGCCUAGUUUUAGGCUCCAUAAUCCCUUGCGCGCUCUUUUACUUCCUCCAGUUCUAUUUGAAGCGGCACCGUAAAGACGCGGAUGACCAGAACAAUUCGAAUUCCUCGCCUCAAAACCCCUCCCGUUCCCCGUCGUUCGGGAAGUUAUCGGAGCUUCCUGGGUUGACACGUAAUUACUCUUGGGGUUUGUCAUCUCCGCGGAGUCAGACUGGGCCCGUCUCUGUUUCGGGUCGGGUUAAUGGGAUCGUGAAGGGUGCGGAUUCUCCGUAUUUUUUGGGAAUGAUGAGGGCUAAGGAGGAUUCGUAUGAUGAACUCAGAAAUCCAAAUGGGGUCAUUCAGCUGGGUUUAGCAGAAAACAAGGUAGGUUUUUUUUAUUAAGUUCAUCCAUAACCAUAAAAAAAAAUUAUUUCUGAAAAAAUAUUUUUAGAUUCGCUGGUCUUCAUCCUACAACUAUGAU